AUGAAAGUGGAAAAGUUUGUGUACCACGUAUUAAUAUGUGUUAUAUGCUGUCCUAUAUUGGUGUUAAGUUAUAAAGAAGCACUGGGUGGACAUUACGUAAUAGAUGAAAAAGAUCACAAGCAUGCAACUGAAGCACCAUGCGCGACCUGCCCCAGAAAUGGAGUCUGUGUCCCAAAAAUACAAUGCCCCUCGCACAUCCGCCCCGGGGCAAAUUACCCCCGUUGUCACAUAGACCGGCAGCACAUCGGUGUGUGUUGUUUCUCUGGAAACAGUCAUGCAGCUGAACCGGACUUAGCUUCUCGUUCAUCAAUCAACAUAGAAGAUGUCAAAGCAGUUCACAAUUCUUCCUUGCAGAAGCUUUCAGACUGGUUAAGGAAAGAAACACUUCUAGACAGAGAUACAAGUAUACAGAGGGAGACAGUGCCAUUUUAUAGUCAGCAUGAGUAUAUCAAAGAGGCGACUGACGUGGGCCACGGUGGACUGCUCAAUGUCUUCGCUGCGCAAGAGUUGAGGGCACGUCAAGCUAUAUCUGACGAUGAUCUUGCGCUAGGCUUGACUCAGGACACAUACGGUCUGUUCUGCCCAAAGCCACCUUCUUGUCCAAAUGUACCGAGCAAAUACAGAAGAAUAGACGGCAAUUGCAACAACUUCAAUCAUCCAAGUUGGGGAGCCGCUCUCACUGCAUACGAGAGAGUCUUACCUCCGGACUAUAGGGAUGGUACCUGGGCAUUCCGCUUGUCCGCUUCAGGAUCCCCGCUUCCAAGUGCCAGAGACGUCAGCAACGCCCUCUUGUUGGCUGAGAACCACCAGAGCCGCUCACACAACCUCAUGUUCAUGCAGUUUGGACAUUUCUUGGCUCACGAUUUGAGCGCAGGAGUUCUUUUUAGAACAGCCAAUGAUUCAGUACCUUCAUGCUGCUCAGCUGAUGGAACCCACCUCCCCAUAGAGCAUCAGCACUGGGCUUGCGCAGCCAUAGACGUGAGUCCUAAGGAUCCCUUUUACGGGCAGUUCGACAAGCGUUGUUUGAACUUCGUCAGGACCCAGCUAGCACCUUGGAGCGAUUGCGUGGUCGGGUAUGCGAAGCAGAUGAAUGGUGCAACACAUUACCUGGAUUUGUCGCAAGUUUAUGGCAGUUCCUUAAAGAAAUCACGAAGUUUGAGAGGAGUCGGGGGCCUGCUGAAGUCGUUCCAUGAUUAUGGUAGAACUUUGCUUCCGCUCACGAAGAGACACGAGUGUCUUACUGAAAAACACGGCGCAGCUUGUUUUGAUUCCGGGGACAAUCGUGGAAACCAAAUAAUAUCUUUAACAUUGCUGCACACUCUUUUCUUAAGAGAACACAAUAGAAUCGCCAGAGCUCUGGCCUUAAUAAACCCAGAGUGGGACGAAGAGAAGAUCUUUCAUGAAGCCAGGCGAAUAGUACAAGCGGAGUUUCAGAAUAUAGUCUACAAAGAGUGGCUACCAUUGUUAAUAGGAACGAAAUUAAUGAAGCUCUUCAGAAUAACGCCAACUAAGGGCUAUUCUACCAAUUAUGAUCCAAGAGUCAACCCAGCCGUAACAGCUGAGUUUGCGAGUGCCGCUAUGAGGUUUGGUCACUCCACGGUAGAUGGAAAAAUGAUGCUUUUCAAUCCACAGACCGGUGAAGUAUCUGAAACAUUGUCUACACCAGAAGUAAUGUUCCAACCAUCUCGGCUUCGUUUGAAACCAUUUUUAGACCGAAUUCUUGUUGGAAUGUCUUGGCAACCAAUGCUGAAUGUUGGUCCUUUUAUGUCUAAUUCUCUGUCCCAGUUCUUAUUUCACGGUGGAAACCCUUACGGCUUAGAUUUGGCAGCAAUGAACAUACAACGAGGCAGGGACUAUGGGCUUCGACCGUACAACGACUACCGAAUGCUGAUUGGGUUGAAUCCGUUUGAAUUUACUACCUUUUCUCCAAACGCAGCCCAGCGUCUAGCUUCAGUGUACGGUGCACCCCAAGAUAUAGACCUGUGGAUCGGAGGGCUUCUAGAGAAGCCGAUAGAUGGUGGACUGCUGGGGCCAACGUUUUCCCAAAUAUUGGCCGAUCAGUUCGCAAGGCUGAAGGCGGGUGAUAGAUAUUUCUUUGAACAUGGGCCCGAUGUCAAUCCAGGCGCAUUUACAAUUAGUCAAUUGCUGGAGCUCAAGAAAGCGACCUUGUCGAGGAUAAUUUGCGACAAUAGUGACCACAUUGAACUCGUGUCGCAGUCUCCGAACGCUUUUCUUAGAGCAGAUCUACCGGGGAACGAACCUGUACCGUGUGACAGUCCCGAUAUCCCAGCAAUUGAUUUAAGAUUAUUCAAAGAAGAGCAACAUCAUUAA